AUGCAAAUCUCAUCCACCUCAUCAAAUGGCAACUACGCGAAUAUCGAACGGAUGACAGUUUCAUGUCCGCCGGAGACUUUCGACGAGACCGUACCUCUUAAACAAAUAAAAAAAGAGCUCACUUUCGUAAUAGAACGGCCUGAAAAACCAGGAGAAACAUCCUCGCAUCACGGCAGCAAACGAAGUUCCGUCUGCUAUGAAGGCGACGAGGAGUACGAUAAUGUGGAUGACGACGUGGCGAUUGCAGAGAAUCGGCACAUUUCUGAAAAUUUGGAGCAUUUUGAAGAGCCCGUGAGCACGAUGAGAGCUCAGAAUUCGGUGAAAUUUGCGGAUAAUAUAGUGGAAAAUCAUCCGGAGACUGAUAGAUUCGGAUUUUUUACGAUACAAAAUAAAUGCUCCACGCCGCCAAUAGACUCAAAAAUUCUACGACGACGAGAGAAAAAAUGGAUUCAAAUGCUCGACAACUGGCGGUACUUCAUGGAUGAAAAAUUUGAAUUAGUGAAGAAUCGAUGUCGAAAAGGGAUUCCGCCGAGCCUACGAGGCCGGGCGUGGAAAUAUUUAAGCGGUGCCACGUACCAGAUGGAAGUAUCUUCAAAUCGAUUUGUUUUUGAUUACUGUGUCAAACAAGCCGGUGACCCGAAAUGGAACGACGAUAUACAGAAGGACUUGAGCCGCCAGUUUCCGGAACACGAAAUGUUUGCCAGGGUGGGAAAGUACGGAAAUAAUGGGAAAAACGACCUUUUCGACUUGCUCAAAGCCUGGACAAUUCUCCAUCCGGAAGAGGGCUACUGUCAAGGACAGGCUCCAAUUGCAGCGGUUCUCCUGAUGCACAUGCCGGUCCGCGACGCCUUCUACUGUUUUGUGCAGAUCUGUCAUAAGUACCUGCCCGGGUACUACAGCAGUGGCCUGGAAGCCGUACAAACCGAUGGGGAUAUACUGACGAAGUUGAUAAAGGACAGGAGUAAACUUACCUACAGACAUUUUAAAGCCAACGGAGUCGACCCAGCGUUAUACAUGAUCGAGUGGUUUAUGUGCUGCUUUUGCCGAACACUACCCUGGCCUACAGUACUCCGCGUAUGGGACAUGUUCCUGUGCGAGGGCGUCAAGAUUCUGUUCAAAGUGGCGCUGGUGCUACUGAAAUUCGGAAUUGGGACGCCGUCACAGAUUAAACAGUACCCCGAUAUGCCUGCAAUUGUGACCCGGUUACGGAAUUUACCUGUAGAAAUUAUGGAGGAAGAGUUCUUGGUGCAAAAGAUCUCCGAAACCAAUCUAAACGACGCGGAUAUGGAAAAACUUCAUUUUGGAGCCAUGAAAACCCGACAAAUGAGAUUUGACUGACCCCUCCCCGCCCCCUGUUGUUAUAUUUAUCGAUUAUUGAUUUUUUUAUUGAUUUUUCAACACUCACUUUUUUGUUGUUUCCAUCAAAAAUUCCACGUUUUUUGUGUGCUUUCGCAUCUUGCCAUAUACCUCAGAACAGCCAAAAUAAAAUUUCCCUGUG